AUGGGAGAUCUAGAAUUUGCUAAAGUUCACAACUCAGCUAUUUUUGUUGAAGAUCCUCCAGUAGCUCACAAUGAUCUAAAGUUCAUUGUUGACAGUCUGAAGAAAUGUUGUUUGGUCCAUGCAUUAACAACCUACCCUGCAAUUUACCAGAGCCUAAUCAAAGACAUCUGGAGAAGUGUAGUUGUGAAGAAGGAUAACAAAGAUGAAAAAUACAUUGAAGCCACAAUCAAAGGAAAGAAGGUUCAAGUGUCAGAGAGUAUUAUUCGGGAAUCACUCCAAAUUGAUGACAUAUCAGAAUACUCUAUGGAAAUUAAUGUACAUCAAACUCAGGAUGUUAUAGACCAUAUGGGGUAUGAGGAAACAUUUCCCCCUACCAUUAAGAAACUGCUUCCUCCAUGCUGGAAAUAUCUAGCUCAUGUGUUUGUGAGCUGUAUUUCUGGUAGGAGAUUCUGUGCGAACGAAAUCUCCUUGGCCAACACAGGAGCCAACGCUACCUUGGCCUCGGGAAUUGAGUUCAACUUUUCAAAGUUUAUACUGCAUGAACUGAUUCCGAAUCUUGAAGGGAACAAGAGAGAUAUGUUUUUGAUGUACCCAAGAUUUCUUCAGAUCAUCUUCAACGUCAUGCAUCCUGAGCUGCAGAGAGGGAACGCGACUUUGGAUCUUAAAUCAGUUGGUCCAAGUGCAUUUGGGUUAAUGAAGCAGAAAAGAGGAGGAAAUUUUUUUUUUGAAGGAAAAUUCCCCUUAAUCAAGUUUGGAAUUUUUGAAGAAAGUGAUCGGUCAGACUCAGAAGAUCAAUCCAUUCCUACAGAGUUUGAAGAUGUUGUGUUUUCAACCUCUGAACUAGAAAUUGAGGAGGUUCAUGAUUCUCCUACAACCAUAGUGGCUGAGGAACAUGAUCGUCUACAUCAUAAGGGAGAUGAAACACAAUCUGUUCACGAGGAACAUGAUGAAGAUCUCUAUGGAGAUGUAGAAUUUUUGAAAGAGAUAGACUUCACAGGGAUCAGUGAUGAUAUCCCUACAAAUAUUGAGCUUGAUCUUGAUGAUGAAGAAUUUGGUCUUCUUCCAGGAUUUGCCAGCAGCUACUUUAAUAAAGUCAAUGAAGUUGCUUCUUCGGCAACCAAGACUGGGGAAGAAGGAAAUGUUCUCAAAAUUUUGCUCUCCACAUCCAAGCCCUUGGAGGUUGCUUCAAGUCAAGGAGAUGUGUACUCAGAGAUUCCUCCCUCUGUUUCAACUAUCUCAACACCUGCUCCGUUUGUUUUUGAAUCAUCUCAGCCCCAAACCUCCCAGUCCUCCUUGGAAAGAAGUCAAUCUGUUACGUGUCUGGAGGUACCCAUUGUGAGCAGUGCACCUUAA